CCGUCCUUGGCCUCUGGCUGGGCUCGGGGGGCUCUGGAAGGUGGGAAGAGGAGAAGAAGGAAGAUGGAGUCAAAUGGAUGCAGCUGGAGCACCGAGGGCCCUACUUUGUGCCCCUCUACGAGCCUCUGCCUGAGGAUGUGCAGUUUUAUUACGAUGGAAAACCCUUGAAGCUGAGCCUGGCCACGGAGGAAAUUGCCACAUUUUAUGCCAAAAUGUUGGAUCAUGAGUACACCACCAAGGAGGUCUUCCAGAACAACUUCUUCCAUGACUGGAGGAAGGAAAUGACCUCAGAGGAGCAAGAGAUAAUCAAGGACCUGGACAAAUGCGACUUCAGGGAGAUCCACAAAUAUUUUGUGGACAAAAAUGAGGCCCGCAAGGCACUCCCCAAGGAGGAGAAGCAGAAGCUGAAGGAGGAGGCAGAUAAGAUCCAGGAGGAAUAUGGAUACUGCAUCAUGGAUGGGCACCGGGAGAAGAUUGGCAACUUCAAAACGGAACCUCCAGGGCUCUUCCGUGGCCGUGGGGAGCACCCCAAAAUGGGGAUGCUGAAGAAGAGGAUCAUGCCAGAAGAUGUCAUCAUCAACUGCAGCAGGGAUUCCAAGAUUCCCGAGCCCCCGGAAGGUCACAGGUGGAAGGAGGUGCGCUUUGACAACACGGUCACCUGGCUGGCUUCGUGGACAGAGAACAUCCAGAACACCUUGAAGUACAUCAUGCUGAAUCCCAGCUCCAAGCUGAAGGGGGAGAAGGACUGGCAGAAAUACGAGGUGGCUCGGCGCCUGAAGGAUGUUGUCCACACAAUCCGGGCUCAGUACAGGAGAGACUGGAAAUCCAAGGAGAUAAAGAAGAGGCAAAGAGCAGUGGCCCUCUACUUCAUUGAUAAGCUGGCCCUGCGAGCUGGGAAUGAGAAGGAGGAAGGGGAGACGGCGGACACAGUUGGCUGCUGCUCUCUGCGCGUGGAGCACAUCCAGCUGCACCCCCAGCUGGAUGGGCAGGAGCACGUGGUGGAGUUCGACUUCCUUGGGAAAGACUCCAUCCGUUACUACAACAAAGUGUCCGUGGAAAAGCAGGUGUUCAAGAACCUGCAGCUGUUCAUGAAGAACAAGGACCCCACCGAUGACCUCUUUGACCAGCUCUCUACAAACUUCCUAAACAAACACCUCCAGCACCUCAUGGAUGGUUUGACGGCCAAAGUCUUCAGGACCUACAACGCUUCCAUCACCCUGCAGGAGCAGCUCAAGGCCCUCACCAACCCUGAAGACAACGUUGCAGGAAAACUCCUGUCCUACAACCGGGCCAACCGAGCCGUGGCCAUCCUGUGCAACCAUCAGAGGUCCAUACCAAAGACCUUUGCCAGGUCCAUGCAAGUCCUCCAGGAAAAGAUUGACGCCAAGAAGAAACAAGUGGAGGAAGCCCAGGAAGAACUGAAAAAAGCUGAAGAUGAGUUUAAAGACAAAAAUGAUGCUGAAGCAGAAGACAAUGUGGAGAAGAAGAAGAAGCUGUUGAAGAGGCUGGAGGAGCAAUUGGCCAAGCUGAACAUCCAGGCCACAGACAAGGAGGAGAACAAGCAAAUAGCUCUGGGCACAUCCAAGCUGAACUACCUGGAUCCCAGGAUUAGUGUGGCUUGGUGCAAGAAAUUUGGGAUUCCUAUCGAGAGGAUCUACAACAAGACCCAGAGGGAGAAGUUUGCCUGGGCCAUCGACAUGGCUGGCGAGGACUUUGAAUUCUGAGCUGGUGCCUUCCACAUUAAAUUCCAAAUCCUGCUCAUUUGGUGGUGCUGGGAAGCUUUUUCUUUUUUAAUUUGCUGCUGCUGGGGGCUGAGGGUUGUCUGAAUGUGGUGCCUUUUGUAUUUUGUAUGGAAAACCAAACACCUGGAUUUCCAGUUGAAACAGGUAAUUCUGAUUGGGAUUUUGGACUUUGGGCGCUCUUAAUUCAUCUUCAGAGUUGCCAAGUACAUGGGAUUUUUUUCUUUCUUCCUC